CUAAUAUAUACUAUCUACACCAAUACAAUACAAGUGUUGUAUUAAAGAUCAGAAAUGAAAGGAGUUGUGAUAGUCAUGUUGGCAAUGUUAGCCAUGGUUCAAUUCUUGGUGCAACCAAGUGAAGCUCUUUCUUGUACAAAUGUUGAUCUUUUGCUUGGACCAUGUCUAAACUACCUGAAGUUUGGUGGAACACCACCUCAAGAUUGCUGCAAAGGGUUGGAGAGGCUUGAGGCUGCAGUCACUACUCAGGUUGAUAGACAAGCGGCUUGCAAUUGUUGUAAACUUGCUGCAAGAACAUUUCAGAUAAGGGAGGAUACUGCUUCUGAACUCCCUGACAUAUGUGGAGUCAAAAUUAGCAUCCACAUAGAUCCCAAUGUUGAUUGUUCCACAGUUUCUUUAUAUCAGAGUUACAAGUGAAGUCGGUGGAAGAUAUUGGAUCUCCUUUUGAAUAAAGACGUGGUUGUUAGUUGUUACUGUUAAUUUUCUACAAACUAUGCAUGUUGUAGAAGAUCUAUUAUCGUAUACGUAUGUGUUAUGGUUGUGACAUGUUCACGAUAUGUGUGGACUUGAGAUGGGUGAUAAAUUAUAAGAUAAAAUAUUAUUAUUGAA